UUGGAAGAACGUUUACAACAGAAGCACUCAGAAGAACUUCACGCACUGAAAGAAACACAUAAACAAGCCAUGGAAGGCUUUAAGUUGGAGAUGGAACAGGAACUUCAGACUCUACGGUUUGAACUGGAGGAUGAAGGAAAAGCUAUGUUAGCUUCCUUGCGCUCAGAGCUCAACCAUCAACAUGCAGCAGCAAUUGACCAGCUAAGGCACAACCAUCAACAGGAAUUGGUAGCUGCCAAAAUGGAGCUUGAAAGAAGCAUAGAACUCGGCAGGCGACAGGAGACAGAAUUUUUGUGCCGAAUAUCAGAUCUACAAGAUGAACUGAGACACCGAGACCAUCAUAUAGCUGAACUGGACAAAGAGAUUCUGCAUCUUCAUGAAAAUAUAAGUGCAUUGACCAAGGAAUUAGAGUUCAAAGGGAAAGAAAUUCUUAGAAUACACAGUGAAUCAAACCAACAGAUCAGGGUACAUGAGCAAGAUUUAAGCAAGAAACAUGAGAAAGAGCUGGAUGUCUUGGCAGCAGAUCACAUCAGAGAGAAACAAAGCAUGCUGGCAGAUUUUAAUAAGACCCAAGAGCUGCUCAAGGAAAUUAAUUCAGCUUUACAAAUUUCUUUAGAAGAAAUGGAAGAAAAAUAUAAAAACAGAGAAUCAAGACCAGAAGACUUGCAGCUUAUCUCAGAACUGAAAGACCUAAUUGCAGAGCGGGACCAGCUCAUAAAGAAAUUGAUUGAGGACAAAAAGUUCUAUCAGCUGGAGCUAGUUAACAGGGAGACUAACUACAACAAAAUGUUUAAUGCAAGCCCUAAUGUUGGUGUUAUUAAUCCAUUGGUGAAGCAAAAGAAGAAGAAUGAUAAAUCAACAAACAGGUUUGUGAGUGUUCCCAAUCUAAGUGCUCUGGAAUCUAGCGGAGUGGUGGGCAAUGGACAUCCUAACCGCCUGGACCCCAUUCCUAACUCACCCAUCCACGAUAUUGAGUUCAACAGCAGCAAACCACUACCACAGCCAAUGCCACCCAAAGAGCCCAAGACGUUUUUGAGCCCUCCUCAGACUGAUGCUUCACCAGUGGCUUCACCAGAUCCACAACGCCAGGAAUGGUUUGCCCGAUACUUCACGUUCUGAGAGAUGGUUUGUCUUUGUGGCACAGAGUGGUGUGGACUGUUUAUAAGAGCAUGACCUUAAGUAAACCCUCAUGUGAACAAGCUUUCCUGUAAUUUGUCAAACACUGUGAAUGAGAAAGUAUUUGUCUUUCUAAUUUGAAACUGCACUGUAUUUCAUGUUAUAUUUGUUGGGAUCACUUGACAUGGUACUAUACAAUGUGUGUAAUUAUAACUAUUAUUUUUAUUUAAAAUGGAAGAAUCUUUAAACUUUGUAAUUACUACAUAAUAAAUUUUGGUAGAAC